AUGAUGGCAUCAGCUGAUGGCUACCGUAACCCUGCACCGCACAUUUCCACGCGAGACCUUCGGCCUAGAAUGAGUAUGCCGGCGUUGCGGCGACCACCAUUUUUGCGUACGAAAAUUUUAUUUUUUUGAUUUUUAACAACUUUUUUUAAAUCUGAUAUAUAUCAUUUUUGUGCUAAAAUUUUUAUCGCAAAUUUUUCACGCGACUGAUAGUCGUCAUACGGGAAACUUCAACAAAGCCUUGCUUCUUGAUCUUUAAAGUUUAUAGACAUUUUUCAUUAAAAUAUUCGUCAAUUUCUUUACAUUAAUUUUUUUACUGUAAGAUUGAAUUUUUAAAUUCAUUUGAAGUUCGAAAAGAGCCAAAGAAGUGAUGUCAAAAUGAUGUAUUAUUUCAUUGGAUUAAAAAAAUUCAUAGCGAAAUGAUUUUUUUUUUUUUUUUUUGUAUAACUGGAAACGUAAUAACUUUUUUUCGAUACCGUGUUCAAAGUAAUUUCCGCGUAGUGCAAAAUGUCUCUGACUCUUCAAAAGUUAGUUUUUUAUUCACUCUCGAAAGGCUAUUUCGCAGAAAUCACUGAAAACGGAAUAAAUGAUACAUUUUUUGAAUGUCUUUGCUUCAUUUGUUAUUAUUCUUUUCGAUCGUCUAAAAAAAAAAAGCUUUCACAUAAAUGUGAGGCUCCAGUUAAUUAUGAAAAGUGAUUUCAAUUUCAAUUUCAAUACUUCUCUCUAAGUACGCUUUUAACAAGCCAUUUUAAGGUCUUCGAACAGUUUAGCUAUUUGCUUUUUGUGAGAAAAAAAAGCAAGCUUUUCUAUAUUUUGUACAUUUUGUUUUACAGAUCUUACUGGGUUAUUCAUUCGAACUUUCAAAAUGACGGAAGCAGAGAAGCUCAAUCUCGACAAUAUCAUUGCACGUCUUUUGGAAGGUCAGCAAAUACUUCCAAAUAUUUAUGUAGCUUCAUUUCUGAUGGUACGACAAAAUCUCAAGUCCGCAAAUCUCGAGGACCGUAAUCUUGUGUACGCAGAUCUAAAGUCCCAUAAUCUUGGAAACCAAAAUCUUGGAGACCAAAAUCUUGGAAACCACAAUCUUGGAAAGUAAAAAUCAACGCUUUUGCGAAUAGAUUUUAUCAGAAAUUGUAUUCGGUGAUCCAAACAAGAGAAUAUAAGUAGAUAAAGUGCAAUAAAGAAGACUAAAAAGGGAAGAUUUUUUUGCUUUCCAAGAUUAUGGUUUCCAAGAUUUUUGGUCUCCAAGAUUUUUGGUUUUUCAAGAUUAUGGGACUUUAGAUCUGCGUACACAAGAUUACGGUCCUCGAGAUUUGCGGACUUGAGAUUUUGUCGUACCAUCUCAUUUCUAUUUAUAAUUUCGGUUAUUUCUAAAAUUUUUUUAUAAUGAACUACAGUUUUUCAGUUCGAGGAUCCAAACCUGGAAAAAAUGUACAACUGACCGAAAACGAAAUCAAAGGGCUUUGUCAGAAGUCGAGAGAAAUUUUUCUCAGUCAGCCGAUUUUGUUAGAACUUGAAGCACCGCUCAAAAUUUGCGGUAGAGUUGUCUCUCAUUUUUUAAAAAGAAAAUGAUAGUUUUUCAGGAGACGUCCAUGGUCAGUACUACGACUUGCUUAGACUUUUUGAAUACGGUGGAUUCCCUCCGGAGUCUAAUUACCUCUUCUUGGGAGACUACGUCGAUCGAGGUUUCACCCAAGUUUUAAUCAAGUUACAAAAGUGUUAAAAUUUCAGGAAAGCAGUCCCUUGAAACAAUUUGCCUGCUUCUCGCCUAUAAAAUAAAAUAUCCGGAGAAUUUCUUUCUUUUAAGAGGAAAUCACGAAUGCGCAUCUAUCAAUAGAAUCUACGGGUUCUACGAUGAAUGUAAAAUUUUUAUUUUGACAUAAUCCUCCGUUAAGAUUUUUGAACGUUUUUAAACCUGGUUUUCUAAUGCCGCAUUCAAAGCUAGUUUGACGCGCGUAGCAAAAGAGUUUUUCUCGUUCAAAAGCACGGACCGAAUUGCAGGGAAAGGCAGAUUCCCACAGCGCGAUUAGUCGGCCCCGCCCACUUGGAAAGAAAAAUAUAUUGGACAUUUACCAAAAAACGGAGCCUUCCAAUCAUGCCGUGGCAACCCACUGCGUUUUGCUACGUUACGCUGCGCGCGUCAAAUUAGCUUUGAAGGCGGCAUAAAAUUUAAUUACAGGCAAACGACGAUACAAUAUAAAGCUGUGGAAGACUUUCACCGAUUGUUUCAACUGCCUACCAGUUGCCGCUAUCAUUGACGAAAAAAUCUUCUGCUGCCACGGUGGUCUUUCUCCUGAUCUCCAGUCUAUGGAGCAGAUCCGCCGCAUUAUGAGACCGACGGAUGUUCCCGACCAGGGUCUUCUUUGCGAUCUUUUGUGGUCGGAUCCGGAUAAGGUUUGUGUAGUUUUUAAUUCAUGUUGUUUUCUUCUGCGUAAAGUUUUCUCCUGAUUUAAUGAUCACCUGUGAUGCAAUUCCUUAACAGACGAGUCAAUUGAAUUGCUGACGUUGCUGAGUUUUUCGGCACGUUUGCUCAAAAGAGGGUGAAAAUGAGGCAUUUGUCUGAGGUGAUCUUAUUUUCAUCUUUGAAUUUCAUUCAAAAAUGACGCUUUCUUCUUCUUUAUGAAAUUGUGCACACGCCGAAACUUGGAUACUCAGAGCAUUUCACAAACUUUUUUAAAUUACUGCUCAUUGAUGACAUUAAGGACGUAACCGGUUGGGGUGAAAACGACCGUGGAGUUUCGUUCACUUUUGGACCCGAGGUUGUCGCAAAGUUUUUGCAUAAACAUGAUUUGGAUCUCAUUUGUCGCGCCCAUCAGGUGAACAUUUUUUUAAACUUGUUUAUUGAAAAUUUUGAAGGUUGUCGAGGAUGGAUACGAGUUCUUCGCAAAGAGGCAGCUGGUAACAUUGUUCUCGGCUCCGAACUAUUGUGGAGAGUUUGACAAUGCCGGAUCAAUGAUGACAGUUGAUGAAACUUUGAUGUGCUCAUUCCAGGUACGGAAAUUUUUCGAGAUCUAUUUUGAGCGUUUUUUACUCUAGAUUUUGAAACCGGCUGACAAGAAAAAGUUUCCAUACGGAAGUGUAGGAUCCAACCGGCCUGUGACUCCUCCGCGUAGUGGAGCACCUGGCGCCCCUCCGAAGAAGGGAAAUAAAAAAUGA